UUGCCAGUCCACCCAGAAUGGCUCCCAAUCUGGCUCCUAAUCCUGAGUCGUUCGCUGACGUGGAGAACGAGACUGCCCAGCAGCAAAGGCCUUCGGUCUCGUGGAACUUAAGCUUGCCCGCUGUCAAUACGGCCGCCAUCCAAGCGACCCCCACUUCUGCCACCUAUUCGGCCUCAUCCUUUCUCCGACGCCGCAGGUUCGGCAACGGCCCCGAAGUCAAUUUAGGGAGCCAGCCGCACAUCGUCUUCCUGCGCCCGCGGACCGCGCAGCCGCUAGUGCUCUUCAGCUUAUUGAAUUCCAGUGAAGCAGCUGUGACAAAAUUUUUACCCAAGAGCCACUUAUCUCGGGUGAUUAUUCGUGACAACCUCAAUGCACAACGACUCUAUGAGAUGGAGAUUAAAGCUACAGAAAAGACCAAGAAAAAGAUGAGCCACUUGCAUGACCACCUGAAAAAAAAGUUCAUGACGGACCAGAUCAGAAAGCUGGGGCGCUGGAAACGGGAAUCCAUGAAUAUCAGGCAUUACCUGGAUAGCUUCCGAGUAGCAAAGCCACUUAAUUCUAACAAGAAAGCCAACCGCUCUAGUCAAGGCAGUUGGUAUGCCCGGGGACCAUGA